AUGCAUGAUCCAACAGAUCGACAUUUAAUGUUAGCAAGUCCAAAUCGUUUAUUAAAUAGUCAUCAAAGCAAGUUGACUCGACCAGCGCCAUCACAACAGCAACAGCAGAAUCUCGCGAAAAAGUUAAAAGUUAAUCACACGAACGGAAUACGAACGACGUCACAAGAAAACAUCCCUGCCAGUCGAACUUCGAAAAGUGAUACAUCGCUACGUUGUCCAUUGCGGCAAACUCUGCCGAUCUUCAAACAACCUGUGACUCACUAUCCGCCUCAACGAGAUGAAGUCAAAACCCAAGCGAUGAUUUCCAGCAAUCAGAACGCCACUAAUAAAUUGAACGAAAAAACCAAACCGCGACAACUGUUCUGGGAGAAACGUUUCCAAAACAUACGACCAACAGAUACCGAUGGGCAACCUUUCGAACACUUCAAACUACCCGAGCAAAUCAAAGGUGUUAAUCUUGAUAUGUCACCUGAAACGAUUGUCAUCAGUCUUGCGACAUCUCUUCAUCUCUACAGUAGUUCUCGUGCACUUUUUGGCCAAAAUAAACAAUUCCCAAAGAAUCCAGUUAUUCACGUUCAACGUGAUCAACCGUUAAUUGAACAUGUCACCAUCACAGAUGAACAUAUUCGUGCACAAGAAGAAAAAGUGAACGAGUUGCGUCGACGUGUUCAGCAAACAAUGCGUACUAACAUGAAGAUGGAAGUAUAG